UCCGUACAUAGGGUUAAUAUCUCGGUGUUUUAUAUAUACGGGUCCCAAUACACGCAUGGUGCACAAAUGCCGUUGAUAGGCGAUGGAAAUAUUAGUACAGCCUGGGAAGAGGGCGGUAUCCCACUGUCAUCGGCGACAACGCGCCAGCUGAACCGGAGCGAUGAGCGUUUUUCCUGUUGAACAAGUUUCUGGGCAGCAGUUUUUACACGGAAAGAAUGUUUCGGUUCGGAACAACAACAGAAACUGACUAUGCUGUAUUCGCUGCCUUCUUCUAUGGGUCUUGCAGGCCGUCUUCAUAAAAAUGCCUGUGUGUGCCGCGUUGGAGGUUCUUUUCGCGCUGGGGACGUGGUUCCUACACGACUUGGUAACGUCCAAAGUUUUCCUUUCAAAGAAUUCAAAGAUUAGCCACAAGGCUUGACUGCCGUGCAAACGCAUUUCGCGUGGAAAAGGCGCCUUUUUGAGCGGUGGAAAAAACGGAUAUCCACGUGCGGACAGCGUUUUUAUUCGCUGUCUUUCCUGCGUUGUCUGUGGCGGCGUCAUUCGCGGCCCUUCCGUCGUUCCCCUUUUUUUCGUCUCUGUGAAUGUUGCACAAACGCCAUUUCCCGUCCGCAAAUAAGGCUGGUGUGGUUUUUUCUUCUCUCUUCUGGAAGUGCAUUUAGUCUACAAAGGCGUGAGGAAGGACCAAGAAGUGAGGCUGCGUGUCCGUGUAGUUUGUUGCUCAGUCUGUGGAGCCGGCCGAUACUCGAAUCGUGUUUGUUUCCUCUUUACAGUUACCGUGGCAAUUGACAGGCAACUCUCGGAACUAUUAAGUCGCUAUGCAGUAGUUGUGGCUGGAGAAGAAUGCAGCUGUCGGCACGGAGUCGACGAAUUUCGGGCGGGGUACGUGGUUUCACCAGCCACGUCGUCUGUCGAGUCGCGUAUGUGUGUUUGUGUGAUACGGUGGCAGCCGCAUGAUCACAUUUCUCCCGUGUCUCCCUUCUGUUUACAUCCCACCGCUUCCUUGAUUUCUGUUCAUGCGGGUGAACUUGAGCUCUGCAUCUUUCGCAUGCGCGCUUGCUCCUUCGUCGGGGUUGGUAAGCUCCGACAUCUCAGAGGGCAGGCGGGAAACAACGCCGCGGCUAACGCAGUUGCUACUGCACUUCAAUCGUGGCUUCAUCGCCGUUCUUGAACGGAAGUUCGAGGCUCCAGGAAACUUCGCCUUCGCAACCCGAUCUUUUCGCUGCUUCUGACGCCCUCGGAACCUGUUGUCUGCCCUCUUUACCAAGGGGGAGCCACACAUUACUCACAAAGUUCAGUGCGAGCGAGAGAGAAUCUUGGUCCUGAGAAAGGAGGCGAACUCGCUGACGGCUGGCAUGUUCGGUUGACAGUGCUCAAGGGAGUGUGAAACGCAUCAGCUCUGGGGAACGAAACGGAGAUGUGUUUUUUCCAACCGGCGCGGUCCUCCGCAGCGUAGCCGAGACGUGAACCUCAGUCAGUGAAGUUCUUUUGUGUCUCCGUUCUUCUGAACGAGCCCAUAUUUUCUGGUAAGGGUCAAAACCCCGGAAUGGAACCCCCGUCGUCGCCGAUACCAGAUGCGUCAAAGGUCGGAGAUUGGCUACACUCCAGUCCAUUUUUCCGUGGCGUGUCCACCGACGAUGUUGCUGAAGGACAAAGCAGGGAAGAGGUAGAGAAUGCGGAGUACGUCACCAAGGUGUCUUUUUCCUCCACUCUCCCCUCGUCUGUGUAUUCCUCCGGCUCCUUUUCCUCCCGCUCCUCUUCGUCCCUCUGUGUGCCGCGAGUCCCGAGUGGCUUUUCGCCCACUCAAAACGCGUCUCCCCAUGAAAUGCGUACAGCGAUGAAGUCGUCCGGUUACGCCACGAAUAUGAGGAACCCCGAUUUCUGUUGUUCUGCGUGUGGCCGCCCACUCGAAUCGGAAGCCGCAGCGAGUCCGAAAGACACCUCGGGAGGUUUACGUAGACCUGCAGGUGCUGCAGCUGCAGCGGUCCCGCCGACAGGAGGCGCUGCGCAUCGCACUGGGGCAGGUAUGGGACCUCUGGAAGACAGCGAGGGAGAGAACACUGCGACGGAUUGGGGUUUGGAUACCGAUCCGGAAGCUGAGUCGUACGCCGGCGAGAUGGGGGGGCGCAGAUUGUCUUCUUCUGGACCUCUACGGACGGCGUGUAGCCAGCAACAGGGUCCCGCACACGGUGCAGCGAUGCACGAGAGCAGCGGGAGCGGCCUGAAUCCCGGCUCACAUGUGGCCAGCGCUCGAAAGGGCGACAAGGCAGUAGAGGAGUCGUGUCUUGAUGAAUUUGGAAGCGUUAGCGACAGGCUAUCCCCCGCCGUGCCUGUUUCUGCCGAGCCUGCGUGUCUGCGACAGCGGCGAAUCAGCCCGACAGAUCACCAGGUGGCCUCUGUGCGGGACGGCGGGGCGCAUCGCCUCAGUCGACCUCGGUCUUCGGUGUCGUCGUCUGCGUCUGCUGGGUCCGUCUCCGCAGUUCUGUUGAGACCAUUUAAGUAUUUGGGCCUCUGGUCGCCGGCUUAUGGUCGGAGUCGAUCCGGACUUGAGUCGCCUGCCUUCGGGGUCUCCCAUGGUGGUGCGGACGGACCGGGCGCGGGGCUCUCAGGGAUACGCGGCGGACUCUCCAGCGGCCUCGUCUCGCGCACGAGUAGCUCGUCCCAUUUGCCGCCUGUGGGUCAGUCUUCCGUCCAGUUGGAAGCCGACAGGCCGCUCGAAAAGAAGCUCGAGACCUUCCGCGUCCGGUCGCUGUGGACGCUGAUUCUCGUCUUCAUCUUCGUGGUCAUCCUGGCUGCGGGCCACGUGUACAGCGCCGGCUUGGUGCUCGCCCUUGUGGCGUCGAUGUACUGGGAGAUUAUCGCGGUCAAGCAGAAGCGCGAGGAGGCGCGGCUCCCGGACUUCUACCUGCUGAAGUGGUAUUGGUUCCUCAUCACCAUCAUGGGUUUCGGCCUGCCUUCCGUGCUGCGGAUGCCUUGGCGCCCCUGUGCGUCCCUGACCAGCUCGCUCGGCGGGGCUGGGACACUUUCCGGAGAUAUCGACGAAGCCGGUCCGUCUGCGAGUUCCAUCUUUGGCCGCACGGCGCGCCGCUUCUUGGAGCGCCUGCUCACGUUCCACAGUCUCGUCACGUACACUGCGGGGUUCAUCGGCCUCGUCUGGUUCAUACUAUCGCUGCGGAAGGGUUCGAUGCGCUACCAGUUUUCCCAGCUGGGCGUCAUGCUCGUCGCCCUCGUCUUCAUCGUCGGCCAGGCCCUGAUGCAGAUCGCGAACAUUUACUCGGGCCUCAUCUGGUUCAUCCUCCCAACCUCGCUCGUGAUCGUCAACGACGUCUCAGCCUACAUCUGUGGCAUGCUCUUUGGCCGCACGCGGCUCAUCCGCCUCUCGCCGAAGAAGACUGUCGAAGGAUUCGUCGGCGCCUCGUUCAUCACGCUUCUCUGGGCGGUCAUCGUCGCGAAACAGCUCCAAGAGUACAAAGUCUUUGUCUGCCCGCCGCGCAUGAUCGACUUCCGACCCUUCGCCAUGUGGCACGACCUCGACUGUAAGGUCCCCGACGCCUUCGUUCCCCGGUGCUACGACGAGGAAAUCGAGAGUUUCCUCGGACUCAAAGGCUGGCUCACGCCUCCCGAACCGACUCCGCAGGAAGUCGCUCAGUUGCAGCAAGUUGGAGCGACUCCGGGGCCGCUGCAAGGCGCUGGGGACGGCGAGGCUCUGUCGAAGGGAAGCGCGUUGGAAAAAGGACAGGGACGUAAGGCAGCGGGGCGAGGAAGCGUUGAAGAGCGGCGUCGCGUUCACCGUGCAGACUUGGCGUCAAGUCGCAGCCCAGGGGAGGACGAGCGAGGGAAGGAGGACUCCGUAGGUCGGGGAGAAGUGGAACCCGAGGAGACCGAAGAGGUGAGCCUUGUUCUGGACAAGCAACAGGCCGUCGCCGUGUCGGAGGGGAGUUCCCAGGAGGGCAGGUCCUUGUCCAAGGCUGCUCUCGGGUCGCGCGCUCCGCAGCUCCCGGCUCGUUCGCUGGCGUCGUGCCGUUUCUAUUUCUCUCCGUUUCAGUUCCACAGCAUCGUGUUGGGGCUGUUCGCUGGCUUCCUUGCCCCCUUUGGCGGCUUCUUUGCGAGCGGGUUCAAACGCGCCGCGCGGAUCAAGGACUUUGGGGAAAUCAUCCCUGGCCACGGCGGCGUCACCGAUCGUUUCGACUGCCAGAUUCUAACUGGAAUGUUCACGCAUCUCUACUACACGAGUUUCGUCUACAGUGACGACGCGAGUGAGCCGGAGGCGGAGCCCCGCUGGCGCCUCCCCCGCCACACACCUCGCGGCGACACGCUUCACUCUCGCGAGAAGACUGAGAACGACCUGCGGGACUACUCUGAGGGCGGGGUCGACUCCACGCCCGACCAUUCCAUCUGCGGAGAAAAAUACGCGGAGCCUUCAGGCGCAGCCCCGCACAGCCCCCAGAGAGUCUGUCUGCAAGAUGCUGGGAACGAGUCGGGGGGAAUCGCGAGCCCGGACGCGCGUGGCAAGCUGUCAGAGUGGAAGGCGAAGACCGGCGCCGAGCUCAAAGUAAAUAAUCGAAAAGCUGCGGCAACUGCUGCCGAAGUUGAUCGCAGAGACAAGGAAAAAAUGGUUCUCGCGGCGGUCGCCUCUAUGGAGGACGCGGAAGAACUCGAACGCGUGAAGGCACUCGUCGUCGCGAGACUUGCAGACUUGAAGAGGAGGAGGGAAUCGACGCAGCUCGUGCAAGGACAAACCGGAUUUCGGUGACAUUUGUAAGAGUAUGCACACGUGAGUGGCGUCGACAAGUCAGGAGAGCCUAGGCUGGUUGGGUGGUUGUGGAACAGAUGCCGUCGUGGAAGUGCUUCGUAGAAAUCGGACGCGGACUUUCGCCGUGAACUUUCUGACGUUCCGGGAGUGCCUGUGGAUGAAGGCGCUGAUUCCCAGAGACGCAGUUGAGUGGCCGGUGCUUCCAUCGCAGUUUUGAACUGGGCUCGUCUUUCUCGCCGCCAAGUGCAUAUGUGUCAUGGGGAACGGCCCUCACAAAGCGCUCAGGAGGCUGUAGGAAAAGCACAUGGUUUCCCAGUGGCAUAGAGGGCGACUGUUUUUUUCCCUAGGUUGUUCUCUAUAGUGACUGGUUGCCUGUACACCAGGAGUCGACCUCUACCAAGGCUCCCCCCGGGUCAUCGCCUUUUUGAGAAUUAGACCUCUUCUUGUUUGGGAAACACUUUACCGUUCUCCUUGUAAAUGCUUAAAUGGGCUGGCGCAGGGCCCGAGAGCGGAAAAGGAAACCGGAAAAACUGCAUGCCUUGAGCCAGACGCUGGUAGCCUGGUUUGUAUGAUGCAUACACGCUGCCGCAUGUAUAUGGUACAUAUGCAUCUGCAUCGGUUAGACUGGUAUGCUGUCUCGCUUUGCCUUCCUCGCCCUUUUCCCCACCGCAAUAACGUCGUUAUCAAAGGAAUUUCGUAACUUGACGCAUCCGUUCAAAAUUUGAGUGGUCGAAAGACUUGCGAAGAGGAACCUACGUUUACGUCGUGAAAGAAAUUCCGUAGUUCUUUCAGCAAAGAUAUAUGUGUGUUUCAACUGCGCUCUCGAGUCACGCUGAUUGUUCGCGCGUCCGACCAGAAUUAUUCUUCCUCAGCUGGUGCAGUCGUCGGUGUCGACCAAAGAACUUUGCAUAAUAGCCUGCUCAGGCAUUCAUUGGAAAACUAUGUGUACCGGAGAGGAAAUUUACGAGUCUUUCGGUUCUGUGGCAGCAUCGGGACUGAUCGUUUUUUACGGGACCUCUAUUCAAAGCAAAAACGAGGCACACUGUUGCCAGCCCCAUCCGGCGUUGUUUUCAUUUCACGCCUUACUACGGGUUUUAGUAAGGCAGAACAGGGAUCAGAGAACAGAUGUCUUCGCUGUGCAGUAGCAUGGUAGGAGACAACCGCCUCGAGGCUGCGAUCCGAAGGUGCUGAGUCACAAGCGGA